AAAAGGAAGUGACGUAGGGAGUGGCGGAAGUGAAGCGAUGUCUUCCGUAGGAGGCAAGGGCAACUGCACGAGGACAGGAAGGAAAGAUGGUCGCUUCAGUCAGACCCGUUUUACGGCUGUUGGCAGGGCGGCUGCUGCGAGCCCCGCUGUGUUGUGCUUGCUCCUGUCACCCAGCCCGCUCCUUGGCCACGGAGCCCCUGGGCAAUAAGCCGCGGGAAGGCCCCAGCAAACCUGGGCCUGUGACUUGGAAAUCUCUGGUGAUUACAUGUGCUGUUGGUGGAGGAUUGUUAGCAGUAAUGAAAUAUUUCAAGAAAGAAAAAGAAGACAUGCUGGAGAAGGAGCGGAAACGAUCUCUGGGAAAGCCAUUGUUAGGUGGCCCUUUCUCACUUAUUAAUCAUGAUGGACAGCCCAAGACAGAUCGUGACUAUCUGGGCCAGUGGGUAUUAAUGUAUUUUGGUUUUACACACUGCCCUGACAUCUGCCCAGAAGAGCUGGAAAAAAUGAUUCUAGCAGUGGAUGCAGUUGAUUGCAUCUCAUCUCUGCCAAACGUCACUCCACUCUUUAUCAGCAUUGACCCAGAAAGGGACACUAAAGAAGCCAUUGCCACUUAUGUUAAAGAAUUUUCACCAAAGCUGGUUGGAUUGACGGGUAGCAAAGAGCAGAUUGAUCAGGUGGCUCGAGCAUACCGUGUCUAUUAUAGCCCUGGGCCAAAAGAUGAAGAUAAUGAUUAUAUCGUGGAUCACACCAUCAUAAUGUAUCUUGUUGGGCCGGAUGGGGGAUUCCUUGAUUAUUAUGGCCAAAACAAGAAGCAUUCUGAGAUUGCAGCUUCAAUUGCUGGGCACAUGAGACAGUAUAAACCAAGCUAAGGUACAGGAAGUUUUUGGCUACAAGGCAAGCAAGUGGAAGCAGAGUUGUGCAAGCGAUUUUUCUUGGCACUUACCUUAUGGGCUUGAAGUUGCAACAAAGAUAUGCCCACAGUUAAGCCUUUAAUUUGGACUAAAUAAGGAGCCAGUAUGGAAGAAUGCUUUUCUUUGAAUGUGCCUUAAAAUUGCAUUUGUUGAUGGUUGAGAGGGGCCAUAAUGAAAUGUUUCCUCUGAAAAGAUGACUGCUUUUAGAUGUUAGUCACUGAAGCCUUGGAAUCUUCUCCCCGCCCUUGUAGUGCAUAUUCUUACCCUUCUGAAUAGACACACAUGGAGUAAAAGUCAAAUCCCAACAGGACUGAAGGCACUGUAUACAGGACCAGUUUUCUCUGGCACCUGAGCAUCGCUGGCAAGUCAGACUGUGGCUUCAGCCUAAGUUCCAAGGGAGGAGUCCUUCACAGCCGUAGAAACUGUCUUGUUGGAUUUUUGAAACGUGUAAUAUGGCAGUAGAAGGCUAAGGAGCAUGAUAAAAGGGCAAUUGAAUAUGAAGAAUAUUGAUUAUGUACAUAACAUGUUACAAAUUACAUCCAUUGUGCAAACAAUGAAAUAAAUUGAGAGAAAUCUAGAACUAUGCUAUCUUA